CUUUGUAGGAUUAACAUGUCAAGUUUAUCUUACCAGCACAAAAGACACUUAUCACUUACUUAGAUCUAGAGCGUCCAGGAACUAUAUUACUCUGUGUAACAUCAAAUUCGCAGGAUUUUAUAAUUUUAUAACACGGCAAUAUACCCUUUAUUUGCCAAAAAUGAUCAAACACAACACUUAACAAUUUACGAUAUCCACGCCGGCCGAAUUUAUAAGUGCAGUGUACAAGGAGAAUUUUUUGGUGACUACGAAGUUUAUUCAGGGUUGAAGAUAAGUUAACAAUGAACCCUGUGCACCGACAAGCUAGGAGAAAACUCUUACUAUGGACGCUUAUAGCGGCCGCCGUGGGGUUAGGAAUCGGUAUGAUAAUUGGGAGAUUUGGAUUCUGUACGGAGGAUAAUAAUGAAAAUGUUCCAGGGAUACCAGAAAGCCUUGUUCAAGAUGGAGACCCAACCAUCUCCUCCGAGAUCAUUAGUCAGAUUAGGAGCGAAAAUAUUAGGCAGUAUUUACGUGAACUCUCCAGAAAUCCUCAUCUUGCCGGAACAGAUGCAGAUUAUGAUCAGGCCAAGGAUCUUCAUGACUUCUGGAAAUCAGCAGGUCUUGAUGAAGCGUUCAUCACACCGUACGACAUACUGCUGUCCUACCCGGAAACAGAGGACGAGAGCAAGAUGAACCAGAUAUUCGUCUACGAUUCUUCUAAUAACACUGUGUGGGAGUCCGCCUUGUACGAACCCAUCCUGGACCCGAGCGAAAACAAGUCAAAUGUUGUACCUCCAUUUAAUGCCUACUCUGCACCUGGGGAUAUAAGUUCGACGGACCUUGUGUACGUAAACUAUGGACGGGUGGAGGAUUAUAGAUGGCUGGCAAACAAUACGAACAUCAACGUAACAGGGAAAAUCGUACUGGCUCGGUACGGCAAAAUCUUCAGAGGUGACAAGGUCAAUCAAGCAUACCUUCAUGGGGCUACAGGAAUAAUAAUCUACUCUGAUCCGGCGGACUACGCCGUGGACGGUGAGAAUUCCCAGGUGUACCCCCACGACUGGUGGCUCCCAGACACGGGCACACAGCGGGGGACGAUAUUUCUCGGGAAGGGAGACCCUCUUACUCCGGGAUACCCGGCUACAGAGAAUGCAUACAGAUUGAAUGAGAGCGAUCCAGAGGCAAAGCUUCCCAAGAUUCCGUCUCAUCCGAUUGGAUAUGGUGUUGCCAAAACACUGAUUGGAUACAUGAGUGGAGAUGAGGUCCCACAAAGCUGGAAAGGAGCCCUCAAUAUAACUUAUAGAUAUGGCGGACAAUUAAGUAACUCUGGAUGGCGGAUAAGAAUAAGAAUUUCUACGAAGAAUAGUAAAAGAAGAACCUACAAUGUUUUUGGGAUCAUCCGUGGAAGAAUUGAACCUGAUAGGUAUGUGUUGAUGGGCAACCAUCGUGACGCGUGGGUCUUUGGAGCAAUCGAUCCCUCCAGUGGAACAGCGGUAAUGAAAGAGGUGUCCCGAGUAAUGGGAAAUCUUGUUCAAACAAACAGGUGGCGCCCACGUAGAACGAUUGUUUUCUGUAGCUGGGGUGCGGAAGAGUAUGGGCUUAUAGGAUCUACAGAAUGGAUAGAGCAAUAUGUGAAAAAUCUGGGAUCGCGAGCAGUUGCCUAUUUAAACGUGGAUAUUGCAGUGCAAGGUAAUUACUCGCUUCGGUCCCUUGGUACACCGUUGUUAAACUCUGUUAUUUACGAUGCUACAAAGAAGGUUCCAAACCCGGACGAGCAGGAAUUAUCAAUUAAAACCGUUUAUGAUAAAUGGUUGGCUAGUUUUCCAGACACAGACAACAAACUUCCAAGAAUUGCGGACAUGGGGUCUGGUAGUGAUUAUGCCCCUUUCAUCCAACGUGUUGGUCUACCCUGUCUGGAUAUUCGAUACACAUACAAUUCAAACAAAUACAAAAUUUCUUCCUACCCACUUUAUCAUUCAAAAUACGAGACCUUUAAGGUGGUGGACGAGAUUAUGGACCGCGGUUUCAAGCGUCACCGGGCAGUGGGACAAACGUGGGCGGAGUUAGCACGGAACCUUGCUGACUCCCUGAUUAUUCCAUUCAAAGUUGAGGACUACUCCCUUAAACUGCAUAAUCUUAUUAAACAACUUGAUUCUGAUUUUGGAGACUUAAUGAGCAAAAACGGGAUUCAAUUAGAAUUACUUUACAACGCUUCAAAUUUGUUCACGUCUGAGACAACAGCUUUUCAGAAAUCGGUUGACGCAGUAAACAAGUGGGACCCAUUCGCUAUUCGGAAAAUAAACGACCAGCUCCUUCAGUUAGAGAGAGCAUUCAUUGACCCCCAAGGUUUACCAGGGCGCCCAGUGGCCAGACACGUCCUUUUUGCGGAGAGCAGUGUAAAUACAUACGCUGGUAGCAGUUUUCCGGGACUGGCGGACGGAAUGUUUGAGAUAGAGGGCAGUCCAGAUGAACAAAAGAGAUGGGAAACAGUGAAGAAACAUUUUACCGUCAUUCUCUAUACAAUAGAGUCAGCGGCAUCUACUCUUCGUGAAACGUCUAGAUUUAUGCCAAUGUACACGUAGCAAGGGACAAUCUUUAAAAUAUUUUAAAUUCUAUUUCGUUAAAAAAUAAUCUUAAAUUUCAUUAUUAUCAUUUUCUUGUAAAUAUUCACAUCAUAAUCAAUUUGUGCACCAUCAUAUGUGUUUUCACUUUUUUUCCCCGUGUUUUGUAAUGG